AUGUCUUACAUUUCAGAAGAGCUUGUCAGAAAAUUAUUACUCCUGUUAGGGCUACCUCUGGGCCUGGGGCAGUGCAAGACCAGUAUAAAAGCCAGUGCAGGUCUUUGGUCUCUCAUCCACUUCACUCUCCUUCUUCUAUUUCGGAACCAGGUGCACCUCCAGCCCCACAACAUGUCCUGCUACAACCAGUGCCAGCCCUGCCUGCCGUGUCAGCCCUGCUGCCCAACCCCACUGGCCAACAGCUGCAAUGAGCCCUGUGUCAGGCAGUGCCAGAACUCCACCGUCGUCAUCGAGCCCUCCCCUGUGGUGGUGACCCUGCCCGGACCCAUCCUCAGCUCCUUCCCACAGAACACUGUUGUGGGAUCCUCCACCUCCGCUGCUGUUGGCAGCAUCCUCAGCUGUCAGGGAGUGCCCAUCAAUUCUGGGUGCUGUGACCUCUCUGGCAUUUCCAGCCGCUACUGUGGCAGGAGGUGCCCCCCCUGCUAA